GCGCCCGCGCGCCUCUCCGGAGCGGCGAGCCCAGUCACGUCCGGGAGCUGCUUGCUCCUCUAAACGGCUUACGGGGUCUAGUUUGAUCCCUGAAAAGCUUUUUCUUCUGCCCGCUGCUCUCCGCCUUGUCCAUCCAGGGCGCCAGGGAGGCAUUUGGGCAGCUUUUGGCAGAAAUUCGCCUCGGCGGCCUUGCCCGCAGCGAUGUUUGCUGGUGUUCUCUGGAAGUGUCGCCCGCCCCGGGGCCCUUUUCGCGGCUGAGGCGUCAGUGGGGUUAGUGACUGGACCUGCUGAGAGGAGGAGACACCCCCUGACUCCCGGGCAGUGUCUGCUGGGAAGGCUUCACCGACCCGUGCAAGUGGGGAGGGCUCCAGACUACACCUUGAAAUGGAAGCGCGUGAAGCCUCACACUUUUAAGAUGAUCAGCCUAAUCCCAACUCAGGCCUCACUGGCCAGUGUCUCAGACACAAGUGGCGACCCCGGUUUCGUUUCUGAUUCCUGAAUGUGGGAUACUAUCAAAAGAACUGAAAGAUCUGGUCAUGGGAUUUGGACCCUAUUACUUUGUGAAGGGUUUACCUCUUUCUGAGUUAAUCACACACGAAUUCAUCAAUACUUUUGUCAAGAAAGGUUCGUGCUAUGCACUGACAUACAACACAAAUAUUGAUGAGGAUAAUACUGUUGCCCUGCUGCCAAAUGGGAAAUUAAUUUUAUCCCUGGAUAAAGACACUUAUGAAGAAACUGGACUUCAGGGCCGUCCAUCUCAGUAUUCUGGCAGGAAAACCAUGAGAUUCAUUGUUUCCAUUGAUCUGAUGGAUUUAUCCUCUAACCUGGACUCCAAGAAGUAUAAAAGAGUGUCUUGGGCCUUCAAAGAAAAGAAGCCGUUGAAGUUUGAUUUUCUUUUGGCAUGGCAUCAAACAGGUGCAGAAGGAUCCAUGAUGAUGUCAUACUUUUCCGGUUACGGAAUUCAGGAGCAUCAGCCAAAAAUAGCACUGAGCACGACGCCGGACCUGCGGUGCCCCGUGCUGCGGAGCGGCCUGCUCGGGGGCGAGCCGGAGGCGGCCUGCAGCGCCCACGAGCUCUUCGACUGGCUGGGCGCCGUCUUCAGUCACGCAGACCUAAAUAACGAGCCUUAUAAUUUCGUAUCGACCUACUGCUGUCCACAGCCGAGCGCGGUGGUGGCCCAGGCAUCCCUGUGCUCUGUCACUGGUUUCCUCCUCCCGGAGCGGAUAUGUGUCCUGUUGGAGCAGCUGUGUCGCUACUUUGAUGAACCAAAGUUGGCCCCGUGGGUGACGCUGUCCGUUCAAGGCUUUGCAGACAGCCCUGUUUCCUGGAGAGAAAGUGAACACGGUUUUCAGAAAGGAGGAGAACACUUAUACAACUUCGUGAUCUUUAAUAAUCGGGACUACUGGCUUCAGAUGGCCGUGGGGGCAAACGACGACUGUCCCCCGUAACAAGUGCAGCAUUUACAACCACGCUUGUCGAUGUUUGUCAUCGUUCGUGGUGGCGUGAGGACUGUUCGCUCAGCCUUGGAUGAGGUUUCUCAGGUCAGCGCCUGCCAGCAUCUGCUCUGGACUUGGGCCCCUCCUCUGUGCACGGCCGGGCCUACUGUCCAGCGGAACCUCGCAGCUGGUGUCUCCUCGUCCAUGUGAGCCCAGGGGGUGGGCGACUGCCUGGUGCCUUGGGCCAGGAUGGCCAGGGACCCGGGGUUCUGGGACCGUUGGGUAAGAUGUGCGCUGUGACUAGCUGUCUCACAUAAUAAUAACAGACAGUCCUUACAUCAUA